CGAUUCCUCUCUCUCUCUCUCUCUCUCGUCACACGUCAACCCACAGCAAACAGCACCAAUGGCGCCUCUCGCAACUGCCACCCGCCUGUGCCUGCGCUCGGCCACGGCCGCCACCAAGCCCGCCGCCGUGCGCGCGCUGAGCUCGACUGCGGCUUGCCAGGCCGGCGGCGAUGCCUCGGCGUACAGCAGCCCGUUCAAGCUCAAGGGCGAGAGCAAGGCCAGCCAGGUGCCCGACUUUGGAAAGUACAUGACCAAGGGCAACGAGACGACCAACAAGCUGUUUAGCUACUUCAUGGUUGGCACCAUGGGUGCGAUUACGGCUGCCGGAGCGAAGAGCACUGUCCAAGAGUUCCUCGUCAACAUGUCCGCCUCCGCCGAUGUCUUGGCCAUGGCCAAGGUCGAGGUCGACCUGAACACCAUCCCCGAGGGCAAGAACGUCAUCAUCAAGUGGCGCGGCAAGCCCGUCUUCAUCCGCCACCGAACCCAGGACGAGAUCGAGCAGGCCAACAAGGUCAACGUCGCCUCCCUGCGCGACCCCCAGACCGACGAGGACCGCGUCAAGCGCCCCGAGUGGCUCGUCAUGCUCGGCGUCUGCACCCACCUGGGUUGUGUGCCCAUCGGCGAGGCCGGCGACUACGGCGGCUGGUUCUGCCCCUGCCACGGCUCCCACUACGAUAUCUCCGGCCGGAUACGCAAGGGCCCUGCGCCUCUCAACCUUGAGAUUCCCGAGUACGACUUCCCCGAGGACGGCAAGCUUGUGAUUGGUUAAAGAGCUGGACAGGUGUGUGUGUGUGUGUGUGUGUGAAGACGCUUGGAGACGAAAGGGGGGGAAACUGUCCUAUCGCACACGACGAUGUAACAGUACUUGGGCGGAAACAAAAUCGGCGAACGAGAGGGACAGCUCCCGAAGGAGAAGGUGAGAGAAGAAGAGGUACAUAAUUCGUCUUGGGAUGAUGAAAACAUCGACAAAAAGCAUAGAUUUCUCCUCUGGGGGUGGCCAAGUCUAUUGGUGGAGAGUAUGGGAGGUGCGGUGAGGCGAUGGAUGGGUUUGGUUGGGAACCAAGAUAUGGAUAAGACGGCGUGUCUCAUGUUUUGCUGGGAAUGGGAUGCGCCAACAA